GCUUCGAGAUCAAAGUUCGUGGACCUUUUGAUAUUGGCGAACGUAUGUUCUCUUUGUUACAAUCCAACCAUUCGACCCCAUCUAUGCGAAAAACACAUCUACAUGGAACAAAUGCUCCGCCACGUCGUGUUUUACUCAAUCCAAAAUCUCCUGAUGGCUGCUGGGACAUAUUAUUCAUGAUCUGCGGUGGUACCGGACUUGCCCCUAUGCUUCAAAUGGUUCAAUAUCAUUAUGAGAGAAACACGCAAACGAAUCGUUCCUUACACAUCUUGUUUGCAAAUGAGACGGUAGAUGAGAUCAUAGACGCAAAAUAUCUAAAUGAACUUGUUGCCGCAAGCAAUGGGAAACUCACCAUAACUCACGUCCUCUUGCAUGCACCAAGUGAAAAUUGUGAAGGUUCCUCGGGUUACGUAAAUCAAAAGACAUUGCUUGAGUGGAUAUCGAAACAUUACACACCCAAAGAAUCAACAGAAAACAUCAAGAAAAAACCAAAGAGAACGAAAUCCGUAUCAUCACGGUAUGCGCCAAGCGUCAAUUUCACGAGUGAUGCUCUAACAACUUCCAGUUUAAUUGACACAAUAUCGAUGUCCGCAAACAGAAUGGAAUCUAAAGAAGGGUGUGGUAGCUUGAGGAAACCUAUCGUAGAAGUUAAUGAUACGAUAUUUGAGAUUGUAACUAAUGGUGAUAGCUCUAGCUACAUGAGAAAUCUCAAAGAGGAUUCAUGUGAUUUCAAGAUGAUUGUAUGCGGGCCAUCACAAAUGAUGACAUUAGUCAGAAAUUGUUUAGAAGACUUGAAGUUCCCUAUUAAUGAUAAAGCCUUAUUCAUUAAUUAA